UAUUUGCCACACCACUUGUAUUUGUUGCAUUUCAUUUUUUUUCACUCGCUCAUAUACAUAUACAUAUAUUUUUGGCUUAAAUUCAUUUCAAUGGACAGUCCAAAGGAAGCAGAUACUGAUACAAAUGACCUGCCACUGCACCGGCCGAGCGUCAUCCUGACCAGCUUUGACAUCUACGAGAGCCGCACCGAGCUGUGCAUCAUCGGGUCCAACGACACUACAGACUACCACCGCAUGCUCCGCAUUGACCGCACAGCUGAAAGCCUCGACCAAAUGGCCAAAGACGACGGCCAAUCGUACAACGCCCAAGAGCUGCCUGCCGUGAUCCACAGCCUGCAGCAAUCCACAGGUAUGCGGCCAAUCGUCCAAAAUGUCUCCGGCAUCCUAGGAUUUGUGCGGUUCACCAAGGGCCUGUAUAUCUCCAUAGUGACGCACUCCAAACCUGUGGCUCUCUUGGGAGGCCACCUUAUUAAUCAUAUCGAGGACACGCGGCUUUUGAGCAUAACCUAUCGUCCGGAGCGCACAGAGCGCGAGGACAGGUUUAUCGCGACGUUCAAGAAUGUUGAUUUAUCAAAGAAUUUCUACUUCAGCCAUACUUACGAUGUAACAAGGACGCUGCAGCAGAAUUUGAGCGGCAAUCAGUGCCGCGGGUGCUAUAACGGUAUGUUUGUGUGGAACUACCAGAUGCUCAUCAAUGCCUCGGUUGGGUUACGCGUAUGUGCGGAGUGGACUGUGGCUCUGGUACACGGGUAUAUUGAUCAGUCUAAGCUUAGCGUCCUCGGGCGCGACGUUUUUGUCACUUUGGUGGCGCGUCGGUCGCGGAUUUUCGCCGGCGUGCGGUAUCUUAAACGCGGCGUCAAUGAUGCUGGGUUUGUUGCAAAUGACGUGGAGACUGAGCAGAUCGUCAACACGAUGGAGACCACGGGGUUUACCACAUCGUAUACAGCGUACGUGCAGCAUCGAGGGUCUAUUCCGUUGUUUUGGUCGCAGGAAACUUCAGGUAUUACACCCAAGCCGCCGAUCGAAAUUAAUGUUCGGGAUCCUUAUUUCGUUGAGGCUGGUCGGCACUUUUCCAGCUUGUUUGUCCGGUACGGGUCUCCUGUCAUUGUGCUUAAUCUGAUUAAGACCAAGGAACGCGCUAAGAGGGAAUCUGCCUUGGGCGAGGAGUUUUCCGAGGGAUUGCAUUAUUUGAACCAGUUUUUGCCGCGUGGACGCAAGAUCAGGUACUUGGCAUGGGACAUGUCCAGGGCGAAAAAGAACCGACAGGAGGACGUACUGGCUAUACUUGAGGUUAUUGCCGAGGAGACAUUGUCGCUGACUGGGUUUUUCCAUAACGGGCCGGAGCUCUACAGUAACCGCGUGAGGAGGCAAGCGGCCGGGGAUGCGAGUCCUAGACGGGUUCGCGUAAUGCGGCAGUGUGGUGUCGUGCGCAGUAACUGUAUCGAUUGCUUGGACCGCACAAAUGCGGCACAGAGUAUUAUUGGGAAAGUCGCCCUGGCGCACCAGCUGUUCGAAUUGGGUAUCAUUGCCCACCCGCACCUGUCUUUUAACACGGAUGCGGCGAUGAUCAUCGAGGAGAUGUACCAUGACUUGGGAAAUACCAUUGCGCUGCAGUAUGGCGGGUCACAUUUGGUUAAUACCGUGCAGACAUAUCGGAGGAACACGAACUGGCGUAGUCACUCGAGGGAUAUAGUUGAGUCGCUUCGCCGGUAUUAUUCUAAUUCCUUGUUGGAUGUGGAGCGACAGGAGGCUAUUACGUAUUUUGUCGAGAAGACUAUUUUUCCAGAGUGCGUUUUGGAUACAAAGUGCGCUGCUGCUGCUGGUAGGCCUUAUCAGGUCGGAAAGCCUGUGGUGUUUCGCAAGUGGUGGACUACCCUGGGUUGCCCUGAGGAUAAGGACUCGGUGGAGGAUAGAGAAUUGGCUACGGGGGUGGCAGCAGCAGAUGCGUAUUGGGAUGAGUACUAUCGGCCGCACACGUACACGUCCUUGGGCUCGUUGUUUGUCAAUAACCUCAAUAGCUCGGCGUCUUUGCAUCCACAUACAAAUGUGCAAAACAUGCCUAGUCCUUUUGCCGACAGAUCCCAAUACCAGCACCACUCAUUGACUGCUUCUGCGGCCUCUGGUUCUACUUCCACAUCUACUGGUAGUGGUGGACCGCCCAGCAUGCUGCGGUUUAUGCCGCAGGAGCCCAAAUGGCUCAAAUCCGAGUCUGAAGAGUACACUGAUCCUACGGGCAUUUCGCGACAGGACAUUUACCAGCGGGUAUGUGCCAAGACAGUCACCCCGGCGGUGGUGCGUCCCUUGGGUGUCGGCGGAUGGCUCACCGAUGGUAUUACCACGCCACUGCAGGAGCCGCAGGUCAGCCAGGGUGAGCUGAACGAGUACGAAAAAUAUGUGCAUCAGUUUGAUAAUCUGCAGAAAUGGAUCGUCCAGCCGUCUAAUGUUCUUUAUAAGGAUUACAAACGCGGUGCAACUGCGUUAAAGCAGCAGCAGCAGCCGCUUCCGCCUAUGCCGGCUAUGCCGCCGUCACCAGUGGUAAUUGCGACGGCGGGCUUGGGCGGUGCGGAGGAUCGGCAGAGAUCACAGACGCCUAUGCCGCAGAAGAAAAUAUCUUCUUGGAUGCCUAGCCCUGCUGGAAAAGAAGGGUCAAUGGGUAGGGCUAGAUCUAACACGACUAUGCUUUGGGGACUAUGGUCACAGCAGCAACAGCAGCAGCAGCCAGUAGAUAAGAGAACCUCAGUUGUUGCUGAUCCUGCGGGAGAUACCCGUGGUGGUUUGAGGACUCCGGCGGAUAUUUCUAAGGCUCAUAGGGUUUCGAGGGUGCGACAUGAUCGGACGAGGUCUUUGGAUCUGAAAGUGGAUGUGGAUCAAUUGGCUAAGGAUGAUAUGGGGGAAGGCAUGGGCGGGGCUUCUGCUGCCGUUGUUGCGGAGCCGCGUGUGACUGAGGCUGAUCUGAGAGUGUACCAGGACUACGUUAAGAUGCGCAAAGCAUUUGGCGGGCAGUAAAAGUGUUUGUAUUAAAAAAUUGAAGUCUCGGUGUGCCACUUUAGCAAAUAAUGAAUUCCAUACACUAGGCAAAAGAAUGAAGCUGCAAAUAUCCGAAAUAAAAAAUUCGAGUAAUACUGCUGCUAGAUGCUUAAGAGUAUAUCACGUGUGUGCUACCUUUACAUUUUUAUAAAAUAUAAAAAAAGGUAUGCGCGUAAACACGCUUUUAAGGGGUUUCUCAAUGGUCUGGAUUUG